AUGUCGACUCGAAUUUGGUUUACAGACGCGUCGCAGAUCAAGAUAUUGCAGCACACAGUCCCCGACUUCGUCGAGAGUGGAAAGGAGAAAUUCGUGAUCUUGGAUUGCGACUACGACCUGGAUGGUACGCCGAGUGAAGGGUUGGUGGUGAAGUGGUACCGAAACGAGGUGGAGUUGGUGUACCAAUGGAUAAACGCCAAGGACGAAUCGGCUACGGACGGUUGGAUGAAGCCACAGAGCGUGUCACCGUUCGACAAGUACGUCGACCUGAGCUACCAAGCGAGUGAAGACAAGACGAAGAUGUGGCGGGCGGUAAAGUUGAAGAACCCGACUCCCGAGCUGACCGGGAACUACACCUGCACCGUCUUUGGUCUCAUGGGAACCGAGGCGACCAGCAAGAAGCCGAUGAUCGUUUACUCAACGGGGAAGAACUUCAGCUUAAUACAAACUAAAAAAACUGUCAAUGGAACGGAAGGUGUGGAACUGACAUGCUUCGCCGAAGAUCUCUACCCGAGACCCAACCUCCAGAUAUACGUCGAUGGCUCGGAACACAUCCAGAGGCCAGAGGUCACGCAGUCUAUGGACAAUAUGUUGUACGCGAUUAGGUCGCGGAUUCUACUCAAGGAUAAGGAUCUUCCGGAGGAGGUCACGGUCGGCUGCAACUUGACGAUACCCGAGGCCAGAUACUCCGUUUCUGAUGACUCGGUCUACUACCCCGGAUCACCCAUUACUACUACCACCGCUACGACCACGUUGCAGCGAAAAAUGGACAUCCAGGCAUCAGACAACUUACAACCAGACACUGACAUUGGUGGUGGUAGCGCAGUGAGUUCGAUUCCGAACGGGCUGAUCAUACUGCUGGUCAGUACUCUGGUCGUCUGUUCUUCCAUGUUCUGAACUGCUUGCAACAAGAUUACAAAGAUUUGGAAGAGCGCGACACGAUUUGGGAAACCGUCAACGGCGCUCCUCGUGUCCUUUCAUUGUCAAUCAUCAUUACUCAAGAUUAUUAUAAAAAAUUCAUAUGAUAUUUAUAUAUAAAUAUAAAUUAUGUAUAUUGCAACC